AUGGGUUCGGAUCAGGAUGCUCCUGGCAAACCCUCCGUCACUUCUGUCAUGCCCGAUGGCGACGUGCCCAAUAUCACAGGUUUGACCGCCGACGAGGCCGCGCUGGUCGCCCUGGGCUACAAGCAGGAGUUCAAGCGCGAGUUCUCGCUCUGGACCACCUUCUGCGUCUCGUUCGCCGUGCUGGGGCUGCUGCCCAGCUUCGCCAGUACGCUGACCUACGGCAUGGGCUAUGCGGGCACCGGCGGCAUGGUCUGGGGCUGGCUGAUCGGUUGGUUCUUCAUCCAGUGUGUCGCGAUGGGCAUGGCGGAGCUGUGCUCGAGUAUGCCGACGAGCGGCGGUCUCUAUUACGCCUCGGCCGUCCUGGCCCCCCCUGGAUGGGGUCCCUUCGCCGCCUGGAUCACUGGCUGGUCGAAUUGGAUGGUGCAGAUUACGGGCGCGCCCUCUGUCGACUAUGCCCUCGCGGCCAUGAUCCUGGCGGCGGCCUCCAUCACACACCCCGAUUAUGUACCGACGAACUAUCAGACCUUCCUCCUUACAGUCUGCAUCAUGGUUAUCCACGCCUGCAUUUCAAGCAUGCCGACGCGGUGGAUCGCCAAUUUCAACUCCUACGGCUCGACCCUGAACAUGGUCGCCCUGUUGGUUGUCAUAAUCAUGAUCCCUUCCUCGGUCACGGGAACAGACUCGACUCCUAAGUUCCUACCGUCAAGCCAGGUUUGGUCGAUUCAGAAUGGGACGGAUUGGCCAGAUGGAGUCGCCAUUCUCAUGUCCUUCAUCGCUAUCAUCUGGACCAUGUCGGGCUAUGAUGCCCCUUUCCAUCUCUCAGAGGAGUGUAGCAACGCCAAUAUUGCCUCGCCACGCGCAAUAGUCAUGACCAGCGGUAUAGGUGGUCUGGCAGGAUGGGCCCUACAGCUGGUCGUCGCAUACACCGUCAUCGACAUCCCAUCUGUCAUGGGUUCUGACCUCGGACAGCCGUGGGCCUCCUACCUCGUGCAGGUGAUGCCCCAAAAGACCGCUCUCGCUAUCCUCGCUCUCACCAUCGUCUGUGGCUUCUCCAUGGGCCAGGGCUGCAUGGUCGCCGCAUCCAGAGUCACGUUCGCCUAUGCGCGCGACGGAUGUUUCCCCAUGUCCUUCUGGAUCAAGAGGGUCAACAAGUACACCUACACACCGGUCAACGCCGUAUGGUUCAACACGGGCGUGGGCAUCUGCCUGCUGUUCUUGAUCUUCGGCGGGACGGUUACUAUUUCUGCGUUGUUUAGCGUAGGGGCCAUAGCAGCCAUGAUAGCCUUUACAAUCCCCAUCUUCAUCAAGACCUUCUUCGUUGGCGACCGCUUCCGCCGCGGGCCCUGGCACCUGGGUAAAUUCAGCAAGCCGGUCGGCGUCUUGUCUUGCGCUUUCAUCCUCGUGAUGAUGCCGAUCCUCUGCUUCCCCUCCGUGAGGGGCAGCGAUCUGAACGCUCAACUGAUGAACUGGACAGUCGUUGUAUAUGGCGGACCGAUGACCAUUGUGCUCGCUUGGUGGUUUAUCUCCGCCCGUCACUGGUUCAAAGGCCCAGUCAUCAACAUCGAGGUAUGCCUGCCUCCCUCCCCCUUAUAUAUCCCCCUUCCAAACUAA